GCCUAGUGUACACUAUAUAACACCCCGGUAUUUUAAGUUUAGGUUCGACCUUAAUACGUGAUAGAUUGGAUUGACGGUUACGUACUAAGAAUUACAACCGCGGAUUAGGAAUAAUAAUAAUAACUAUUAUUAUUAUUACUAUAAUCAAAUAAAAGUUUAUAAAUCAGACUUGGGGAGGGGGCGAGCGGCCCUAAUAAUUCACAACCCUCCACCCCCGCCAAUAUUCCCCCAGGAGCCGCCCUCUCCAAUUUGUUUUGCUCGGGGAAGCAGCCGCCAUUGCCUUGUCCCGAAUGCGAGGCAAGAAGAAAACCGGCGGUGAGUUGUGCCCCGAUCCCGACUCCGACCCCAUCCCUUUUGUUUUAGGUAAGGAUCACGAACCCCCUUCACGAUUUUUAAACUCUAUUUAUCGAUAGUCUAAUCCGAAGGUCAUAUUUUAUUAGCGGUGACGUUGAGGGUUCGAUCAACAAGGAGAUCAACAUCCCGGGUCAUCCAACCUAGGCCUAGGCACGUUCUAGAGGUAAGGGCACUGGAUCCCUUUGAGUUAGAUUGAUCGAUUUGGUGAUUUUUGGCGAGGGUGCAAUUCUGGGUUUUAGCAACAGGCGUUACAGGAUUUAGUGACAUAUUUUGGGUAGUCACUAAAGCUGCUGGGAAUUUUUCAGAAACGUAUUUUUAGACGUCUAGGAGAUGAUUGUAAUUUAAUUUGGGGAUUUUUGAAGGUGUAUUUCUAUUUUUAGAAAUUGUUCGAAUAUUUUUUUUAAUUAAAUAAAAAUCUUUCCGAGGGCAUUUUAAGGGUUUAAUAAUUUUCCAGGGUAUAGGGGCUCAUGAUUGACAGGGGAAAAUUAUUAUCUGAAUUUUUAAGAAGGUUCAAUUAGGUGGAAAAUUCGUUCAAUACUAAAAUAAUUAAGAAAAAUGGUCGUUUUUAAGGGAUUAAUUCUAGAAAGUUUUAGUGGGGGUUCAAGGACCUUUGGAGUGAGGAUUAAGGAUGUGAUUUGAGUAGAGGGUGUCUUAGAAUAUGAUUUUCUUAUUAAUUGGUUUCCUGGGAUAAUCCGGCUAAUGAGGGAAAGAAGGCGAGAAAGUUAGCAGCCGAUCGAACUUCGUAGUCUCGCGUGAUGAAGAGGUUCACACCGAUUAGUAGGAGGGGAAGAGCCGCGUCUAUUAGAGGCGGAAGGAAGGCCGAGAACUUGACAUCGGUGAUCGCAACUGUCAGGGGUAAAGUGAUGGAGAGGCCCUGACCCUAUCCUCCCAGACGACCCGGGGUGUCGGCAGUUCGUAGUUGGCCGCUGAAUUGUGGCCCGAGGAGGGACCUUGAAGAGAAUGGUGACGGAGCUCCAAUGAUUAGGGUCGUUGAAGAUGAACCGAUAGAGGAGGAGCCAAAAGAGGAAAAACGCGCGGGGCUUGAGCGCGAGAAUGCAGACGUUGAUGCGACUAAAUAGGUGAGUGUAAAGGGGGUAAAAUCUAUUUCGAGGUCUUUUUAGUUUAUGCUUUUCGUUGAAAUUAUUAAUUAGUUAAUUUUUGAGUAAUGCGUGAUAUGUGUGUGAGGCAUCCCACCGCCUAUAAAGGUAGAGGCACGCGUUGUGCUAUGUAUGAAUGUAUGUUUGUAUGGUGGAUGGUAUGAGGAACCCCCGGGCUGUUGGGCCACUACUGGACGCGGUAGAUGGUCGGGUCACUGCUGGACGGCGAGACGUAACGCAGCAGUUUAUCGAGUAUGUUGGGUCACUACUGGACGGCGAGACGUAACGCAGUAGUUGACGGGCAUGGACAGGACUGCGAGACGUAACGCAGUGCCAUUGCCGAGUUUGGGUAUGCAACCGGACGGCGAGACGUAACGCGGUUGGCACACUAGGGUAGGGAUACUGGACAGCGAGACGUAACGCAGUGGUCCCUUGUGUUGGUGUUUUUGGAUUAGUUGUAUAAGAAGGAAAUUCUAAAGAUAAGAUAGGAGUAGAGAUCUCUUAUAUAUUGUUUGAUAGUAAAGUUUAAGGGAUGAAAGUAAGAACGAUUAUUUAAGAGCAGAAAGCGAGAACGACUUUCAUGCCAGGAAGGCAUUCCCCUAAUAAUGUGUUUAGUAAGGAGUUUGCCUAGGGCAAAGACCUUAGGAAGUAACGACGAGACUGACCCCUUCUCACUCAUGGGUUGAGGAUAGUCUAGCAUAAGUGGAUCACGAGAAGAAGAAGGGCGAGGCGAGCAGCAGUACCAGCGUCGACGGGAUAUCGAAAAGCUCGUGAGGAGUCAAGUUAGAUUAGUUAAUUAUUCUGUUUCAUGGUUAUUAUUAUAAACUGGAGAUUCCGUGUUAAGUCGUUUUAAGUGUUUGAGAUUGAGAAUUUGCCCAAGUGUUGGGGCUUUUCGUUAAAAAUUCUUAAAAGAUGUCAGUUUGUUUAUUUUAAAAAUGUGGUUGGGUUGCUCCGGAGUAACUGGUUUUUGGGUUGAGUUAUGGUUUGGUUUUUGAAAAGAGACGGGACGUGUCAUUUUGGUAUCAGAGCCGACACUCCUCUGUUUCAUUGGCCUCCAAGGAAUAUUGGAGUGACGAUCUGCGUUUUUUUAAGGUUUCAGUUUUUUUAAAAGGAAAGGAAAAAGGGAGUGUCAAUUAAAAGGUUGGCCAAACGAGUCAGAGUCUUUCGAAAUUUUUUAGAAUCUCCAAUAUACUCUAAACAUGAUAAGGAAAUAGCUUUAGGAUGCCUCAGGGGGUAUGAUACGUCUUGGGAAUGAGAAGGAACAGAUUCCUAGAGGGAUCGUUUAGUGAAACCCCUUUCAUGAGUGAGAAGAGGAGGGUCAAGGUAGCUGAUCAGAAUAAGGUUCUGGAAGGAGCCAAGCAGUUAGUACAUCGACUGGUAGAGCCAAGGAGUUAUGGCAAAUGUAGCCAUAAUCGAGAGGAAAAUGUGCAAGGAAGGGUCGUGGAGUUCAUGAGAAUUGAACAUAGGGCUACAACCCCAAGGAGCAGCUGAAAGUUAGACUUUGAAAAAUACUAGGGCCACCUAAGCAAGCAAAAGGAAGGACUAAGUAUAUCAUAGGGAGCAUAACAAGAUGUCAUGGGAUCAAUACAUCAAGGCUAGAAGGAGGUACAACUCCUUGCAAAGAAAUUAUCACAAGUGAAACAUGGAAUCGUCACAACGAACAAAUUUCGAGGUCGAAAUUUUUCUUAAGGAGGGGGGGGGAGGGGGGAAUAUGAUGUCUCGAUUUUGGAUUUAGGUUCAACAUCAACUACCAGAAGAAUUGGAUCAACAUAACAGGCCGAAUUGGCAAUUCGUUUCACCAUGUUUGGAUCAAGCUGGGGAGUAAAAAGGGCAGUGGGACACUUAUGGUUACACGAGUGCUGCAAGCUAAGGAAACUUAUUUGAGAAAAAGGUACCAACGAGGUUGUUAUAGUAAGAAUAGAUGAUCGUGGGAAGAAAGUAUAAGGAGGGUGUUGAUAGAAGGAUGAGUUCCGAGCAAAUUUCGGGGAAGAAAUUUUUAUAAGGGUGGAGGAAGUGUAACACCCCGGUAUUUUAGGUUUAGGUUCGACCUUAAUACGUGAUCGAUUAGAUUGACGGUUACGUACUAAGAGUUACAACCGCGUAUUUAGGAAUAAUAAUAGCUAUUAUUAUUAUUACUAUAAUUAAAAAAAAAGUUUAUAAAUCAGACUUGGAGGGGGGGCGAGCGGGCUAAUAAUUCCCAAACCCCCCGCCAAUAUUCCCCCAAGAGCCGCCGCCCUCUCCAAUUUGUUUUGCCCGCGGAAUUAGGCGCCAUUGCCUUGUCCCCGAACGCGAGGCGAGAAGAAAACCGGCGGUGAGUUGUGCCCCGAGCCCGACCCCGACCCCAUCCCUUUCGUUUUAGGUAAAGAUCACGAACCCCUUCGCGAUUUCUAAACUCGGUUUAUCGAUAGUCUAAUCCGAAGCUCGUAUUUUAUUAGCGGUGACGUUGAGGGUUCGAUCAACAAGGAGAUCAACGUCCCGGGUCAUCCAACCUAGGCCUAGGCACGUUCUAGAGGUAAGGGAACUCGAUCCCUUUGAGUUAGAUCGAUCGAUUUGGUGAUUUUUCGUGAGGUGCAAUUCUAGGUUUUAGCAACAGUCGUUACAGGCUUUUAGUGGCAUAUUUUCGGUGGUCACUAAAACUGUUGGGAAUUUUCAGAAACGUAUUUUUAGAUGUUUUAAAUUCUCUCGAGCCACUCUGAAGGUUUUUUUCUGAAUCUAACAAUUUUAUAAAUUGUGCGACGUGUAAGAGAUGAUUGUAAUUUAAUUUGGGGAUUUUUGAAGGUGUAUUUCUAUUUUUAGAAAUUGUUUGAAUGUUUGUUUUAAUUAAAUAAAAAUCUUUUACGAGGGGUUUUUAAGGGAGUAAUAAUUUUCCAGGGUAUAGAGGCCGAUGAUUGAUAGGGGAAAAUUAUUAUCCGAAUUUUUAAGAAGGCUCUAGUUAUGUGGAAAAUUCAUCCAAGACUAAAAUAAUUAAGAAAAAUUGUCGUUUUUGAAGGGAUUAAUUCUAGAAAAUUUUAGUGGGGGUUAAAGGACCUUUGGAGUGAGGAUUGAGGAUGGGGCUUUGAGUAGAGGGUGUCUUAGAAUAUGAUUUUCUUAUUAAUAGGUUUCCUGGGAUAAUCCGGAUAAUCCGGAUGAAGAAGGAGGGAAAGAAGGGAAAGUUGAUUUUCUUAGAAUAUGAUUUUCUUAUUAAGGAGGGAAAGAAGGCGAGAAAGUUAGCAGCCGAUCGAACUUCGUAGUCUUGCGUGAUGAAGAGGUUCACACCGAUUAGUAGGAGGGGAGGAGCCGCGUCUAUUAGAGGCGGAAGGAAGGCCGAGAACACGACAUCGGUGAUCGCAACUGGCGGGGGUAAAGUGAUGGAGAGGCCCCGACCCUAUCCUCCCAGACGACCCGGGGUGUCGGCAGUUCGUAGUUGGCCGCUGAAUUGUGGCCCGAGGAGGGACCUUGAAGAGAAUGGCUGCGGAGCUCCAAUGGUUAGGGUUGGUGAAGAGGAAAACGAUGAACCGAUAGAGGAGGAGCCAAAAGAGGAAAAAUGCACGGGGCUUGAGCGUGAGAAUGCAGACGUUGAUGCGACUAAAGAUGUGAGUGUAAAGGGGGUAAAAGCUCUGUCGAGGUCUUUUUAGUUUAUGCUUUUCGUUCAAGUUAUUAAUUAGUUAAUUUUUGAGUAAUGCGCGAUAUGUGUGUGAGGCAUCCCACCGCCUGUAAGGGUGGAUGCAUGCGUUGUGCUAUGUAUUAAUGUAUGUAUGUUUGUAUGGUGGGUGGUAUGAGAUAUGGUUAUGGAAGUUACUGAAGAAGUUGAACAUGACACAAGAAGAAUCAACUGAAAUAUUUGUGGAUAACAAGUCUUCCCUGGCGUUAGCAAAGAAUCCGGUGUUUCAUGAUCGAAGUAAGCACAUUGAUACAUGAUACCAUUUUCUAAGAGAAUGCGUGGAGCAAAAAGAAGUGAUGUUAAAAUAUGUGAAGACUGAAGACCAGAUUGCUGAUAUCUUCAGCAAGCCGCUGAAGCAAGACAUGUUCGUCAAGAUGUGGAUGCUCAGAGUAAUGACGAAUUAAACUUUAAGGGGGAGUGUUGAAAUUAAAUGUUAACGGAUUG